AUGUCUCGCGAUUUGAUGGUUGAAACUGGCGGUGAACUGAUCGGAAAUACUCCACUUUUGAAAUUGAAUAAAAUCGGAAAAGGACUUGAGGCAACCAUUGGUGAGUUCAAUACUUUCAGAACUUCAAGAUUUUACCUUGAUUUUUUCAGGUGUGAAAGUGGAAUAUAUGAAUCCAGCAUGUUCUGUGAAAGAUCGAAUUGCUUACAAUAUGAUUGACAGUGCUGAAAAAGCCGGUCUCAUAACUCCUGGAAAAACUGUUUUAAUUGAACCAACAUCUGGAAAUAUGGGAAUAGCUUUGGCUUAUUGUGGAAAAUUGCGAGGAUAUAAAGUGAUUCUAACAAUGCCAGCAUCAAUGAGUAUUGAAAGAAGAUGUUUGUUGAAAGCUUAUGGAGCUGAAGUUAUUUUAACUGAUCCAGCAACAGCUGUAAAAGGAGCAGUUGAAAGAGCACAACAACUUAGAGAUGCUAUUCCGAAUGCGUAUAUUCUUAAUCAAUUUUCGAAUCCAGCAAAUCCAGAAGCACAUUAUAAAACAACUGGACCUGAAAUUUGGAAACAAACACAAGGAAAAGUUGAUAUUGUAUGUUUUGGAGUUGGAUCAGGUGGAACAUGUACUGGAGUUGGAAGAUAUUUGAAAGAAAAGAAUCCACAUAUUCAAGUAUUUCCAGUAGAACCAUUCGAAUCUUCUGCAAUUAAUGGACUUCCACAUAGUCCACAUAAAAUUCAAGGUAUUUUCUAUUUUCUAAAUCAGAUUUUUCAAAAAAAUCUGGAUUUUUUGCAGGAAUGGGAAUUGGAAUGAUCCCAGAAGUUCUCGAUCUUUCAUUAUUCAAAGAAGCUCUUCGAGUUCAUUCGGAUGAUGCGAUUGCAAUGGCAAAAAGAUUAGCAGAUGAGGAAUCGAUUUUGGGUGGAAUUUCAUCUGGUGCAAAUGUUUGCGCUGCUGUUCAACUCGCAAAAAGACCAGAAAAUCGGGGAAAAUUGAUUGUCACCACUGUUAAUAGUUUUGGAGAAAGAUACUUGUAAGUUUUUCUGGAAAUACUCUCAAUUUAAAAAUUUUUUAAAUUUAUUUUUUUCCAGAUCAACUGUUCUUUAUUCUGACCUUCGCGAAGAAGCCGCAAAUAUGCAACAAUUAAAUCUAGAGGACUCAAUUAAUUUGGCAAAGGCUUAUUUGAAAUUGUAA